AUGGCCUUAAGACCACGACAGUGUGGUUCGAUGGAAGGAAUCGCACUUCCAGGAAUCAGGGCCACAUCAGGACAACCAUUAAUCGUAGCCCUACGCAUUAGAUCCUCCAAAGUUGCUGAAAAUUCCUCAACAGCCGAUGACCGGUUUCGCCGUUGUUGGGGCUCAUCAGGUAGGCGCAGUCCCCGAAUUUUCGUCAACGCUAUGUUCUACUCGAAGCCAAAUUGCACGAAAUUAGCAAAAUGCACUCAUUCGCAAACCAAUUUGUUUUUGCAGAAGAUUCAGCUGGAACCCAACUGA